UCACAAACAAGUCACGCGCCAAAGCCAAAUAUUGUUGCAAACACCGGACGGUUAGGCAAACACCCUGUGUUUACAAACACGCGGCUUUGAACACAUCCUGUAGCUGCGGCUAAUGUCGUUCAUUUCCACUCGCACCACGGCCUACCAACAAGAAGCUGCUCAAAGGCAACGCAUAGAAAACGAAGAUAGGUAUUUUUAAUAAAAAUAAAUUGAGAAAAUAGUAGUAACGAAUGUGUGGUUUGUGGCAGAUCGUGGCCGGAUAAACAAGGAUAAGCUCCAAGCUCGGCCGCUCUGACGUCACAGCUGUCCACAACAAAAUGUCCGCGCACACGUGACGGGAGGAGUGUUACACCUGCACGCACAAAAGUACCUACCAAAGUCAGAGAUGAAGCGGCUACAUUACAGACUGCUGUUCUUCACGUUGUACUCCGUCCAGAGCCACGCCAUGGUGCUCAGAAACGACGCUCUCAUCUCUAAGAUGGUGUCAGACUUCCAGAAAGACAAUCCGAUGGCAGCAACACCACGCAGCAACGACCAGCAAUUACAGCAGCAACCUAAAGAUGUGAUGUCCAUGAUGCAGAACGUGCUCUGCAGGAACUUCCCCACCAUCCCCUGCGACAUGAUCCAGGAGGAUGACACGCUCAGGAACCUCAUCGAGCGUUCCAUACAGCAGCUCAAGUACAAGAAACUCUCCAUGGAGAAGACCACGCCGCUACCCGGCUACCAUCUCACACUGUUCCCCACGGUGAACAGCGAAGACCUAUCGAACUUCCUUCAAGUGAGCGAUACUGGUUACUACACUGGCAAGAAUAAGCCAGAGAAAUCGAGAUCAAGGAGACAUAGAAAGAGACUAAAGAAUAACGCAGAGACGCAACAGACUGGAGAGAAGGAAUCCAAGAAGAAGUCCAAAGCGAAGAAGGACAACUCGAGGACGUCGCUGUACAACGGCCGCAAGAAGAUCAGGAAGUUCUACCCGCACAAGAUAAAGUACAAAGACAAGCAGAAGGGAAGGAAGGACUUCGGCGACUACUCGGAGGAGAAGCUGUCCAUGUCGGUGGAGGUGCCGGACCUGAUGCCGGGGCCCGCGCCGGCCUCGCACAAGCGCUUGAACUACAAGGUGGACCCGGCGGACCCGCCCGUGUGGCGCAUCGACUACAUGAAGCACGGCGAGCCCAGCAUCAACGCCUUCCCCUACGAGUCGGAGCGGCUGAAGGAGAAGCUCAUCAAGACGGGGCCCAACGUGAUCGUGUCGGACAACAUGCUGGAGCAGGCGUCGCGCAAGGACGUGCUGCACCCCGACGUCUACAUCAGGAAGAACUUCGUCAGGAAGAACGCGCUCGACAUCAACUCCGCCCCCAUCGACUAGUACCUACUGAGUCUUCAUUUAUUUUAGGAAUUUUUCGAAUAAAGCAUAAA